CUCUCCUUAUAGCCUCUCCCUUCCUGAAGGAAUCUCAUCGUACCCUCACCAUAUCCAACCGUAGAUCUCUGUUUCUCUUCUCUUCAAACCUCUCUCUCUCUGUCUAUCAUCUUCAAUAACUCAAGAACUGAAACAUGUUCAACUCUCCAGAACUCCCAGAUUGCUUCUAUCAUGAACAACCAGUUCUAAUCUCUCCUUCCAUCCCUACCCGAAACCAUUCUCUUUACCUCUCAAAUCUUGAUGAUCAAAACUUCCUUAGAUUCUCCAUUAAAUAUCUCUACCUUUUCAAAAAAUCUGUUAGCUCAGAUAUCUUAAAAUGUUCACUCUCUAAAGUUCUUGUUCACUACUACCCAUUAGCUGGGAGGUUGAGAACCAGCAAAGAAGAUGAUCAGAAGCUUGAAGUCGAUUGCAAUGGAGAAGGUGCGGUCUUUGCUGAAGCUUUUAUGGAUAUCACAGCUGAACAGUUUCUUGAACAUUCCCGGAAACCAAACAGGUCUUGGAGAAAACUUUUGUAUAGAGUGGAAGCUCAGAGCUUCUUGGAUAUCCCUCCUCUUGUAGUUCAGGUAACGAAUCUACGAUGCGGAGGAAUGAUUCUGUGCACCGGAAUUAAUCACUGUCUAUGUGACGGCAUAGGAACUUCCCAGUUCUUACAAGCAUGGGCCCACAUCACCGCAAAACCGAAUCUUGAUCUCCCAAUUUUACUGCUGCCGUUUCACACCCGAUACGUGUUAAAACCCCGAAAUCCUCCACAAGUAACCUUUACUCAUCCCAGUUAUUUCAAAAAUGCCCCUGACAAGGACAGUGAGACCUUGGCUCUUAACCAUUAUUUACAGUCUCAGCGACUGGUGCCCGCCUCCUUAACCUUCACCACUUCUCAUAUCCUCCACCUGAAGCGGCAGUGCAUCCCUUCACUCAAAUGCACCACCUUCGAAACACUGGCUUCGCACACGUGGCGCUCUUGGGUUAGAUCACUGGACUUGCCAUCUGCUCUCAACGUUAAGCUUCUUUUCUCAGUUAAUGUUAGAAAAAAGUUAAUCCCAGAAAUGCCACAAGGGUAUUAUGGGAAUGGAUUCGUAUUAGGGUGUGCUCAAACUUGUGUUAAGGAUUUGGUCUCUAGCAAUCUGCACCAUGGGAUUAAAUUGGUUCAACAUGCUAAAUCGAGUUUAAGUGAUGAUUACGUGAGGUCCAUGAUUGAUUUGCUGGAGGAUAAAACGGUAAAAACAGAUGUUUCUGUAAGUUUUGUUGUCUCACAGUGGUCGAGGUUAGGAUUAGAAGAUUUAGAUUUCGGAGAAGGCAAGCCAUUGCAUAUGGGUCCUUUGACAAGUGACAUUUACUGCUUGUUUUUACCAGUGAUCGGCGAUACAGAAGCGGUCACCGUGCUUGUGUCGCUGCCAGAGAGUGUGGUCGGAAAGUUUGAGUAUUAUAUGAAGGAGGAUUCUUGGGAUAAAGAAGCCAAUGGUGAUGGGUUUCAUGUAGAAAAGAAUGGAUUGAUGUGAAUGUAUAAUUGUGUUUUUUCUUCUUAAUAAUAAUUGAUUAUACCUAAUAAUUAAGAACCAUGAUGGGAUCAACUC